AUGCCGCCAACAGCUCCGCUCACCAUCGCCACUUCGUCCGUGCAGCGGCUCGUCAAGGAAGAAGCUUCAUACCACCGAGAGUUGGAGGAACAGAAGAAACGUGUGGCGAAGCUCGAAUCAGAGACCGGCGCCGAUGAAGAUGGAAAUCGCGAGUUUCUGCUGAAGCAAGAGCAACGGGCGGCGGAUGAGACCAAGGCUGUGCUGCCUACAUUGAAGCAGAAGAUUAAGGAUGCUCUGGCAAAACUAGAACAGCUCAUUGUUGAGGAGGGCCACAAGGGAUCCGAGAGUAAUGUGGAACAGCUGACAGCUGCCAAAGAAGCUGUAUCCCAAGCAAUGACCGCUCUCAGAGAGGUCUCUUGA